AUAUCAUCACUAUAUUCCAUUCCACCCAUAUGAGAUAGAUAGACAUAGAGAGAGAGAGAGAGAGAAAGCCCUAAUAACGAAGAAGAAGAAGAAGAAGAGGAAGUAGAAGGAGGAGGAGGCAAGAAUAUUUAUUUAUUUAUUAAUAGUAAUAGAUGAUGAAGGAGACGAUGAUGAGAAAGGGUCCAUGGACAGAAGAGGAAGACGUACAGCUGGCGUUCUACGUUGACCUGUUCGGCGACCGUCGUUGGGACUUCAUAGCCAAAGUUUCAGGUCUGAACCGGACCGGCAAGAGCUGCCGACUCCGCUGGGUCAACUACCUCCACCCCGGCCUCAAACGUGGCAAAAUGGCCCCCCACGAAGAACGCCUCGUCCUCGACCUCCACAACAAAUGGGGCAACAGAUGGUCGAGGAUUGCCCGGAAACUUCCUGGCAGGACCGACAACGAGAUCAAAAACUACUGGAGGACUCAUAUGAGGAAGAAGGCACAAGAGAGAAAGAAAAGCAACAACAACAACACCAACACGCCCGUGUCGCCAUCAUUUUCUUCUUCGUCGUCUUCCUGCAACUCUUCUUCUUCCUCGUCAUCGACUAUGGCCUUCGGGAAAACAGUGUCGGAGAACAAAGGCAGGAGCUUUUAUGACACAGGUGGAAUGAAGCAUCACAAUUCUGAAACCUUGGAAGAAAGCAGCAAAGUUUACUCCAUGGAUGAAAUCUGGAAGGACAUCGAAGAUGACACCAGUACAGACCCUUUAUGGGAUUUUUGCCCCCCGGCCCCCGUCGGAUACCCAAACUCGAUGAUCUGGUCUAUCCACGACGAAGAACUAAUCAUGCACCAAAUUAACAAUUCAUUUUAACACAAAUGAGAUCCAUCUAUCCAUAUUUGUCCGAAUAAGACAAGUUCCAUAGGCAGUCAGGCAGACAUAUCUAGUCUAGGUUCAGAAAUUUCUGUAUAGAUUUAGGGUUUCUGCAGGUUUGAGUUGAGCAGCUUGUUAAAUUAAUCCCCUACCCCUACCCUACCCUACCCUACCCUACCCUACCCUACUGUGUGUGCACUGUGGUGUAAAAUACCUGUAUUUGUGAAAGCAGCUUAAUUUCAGCA